AUGCCAGGCACGCGCCUGCCCCUGGCCCGCCACCCUUGGGUUCGCCCGGGGUCCCCCGCCGGUCCUCCGAACGGGUCCUCCGAGCUGCCUAGAGCGCCCGGAAAUGCCCUCGGCACGGGGCGGGGCUUGCGGGGGCGGCGCCGCGCUUCCGACUCGGGCUGGGCUCGGCUCACUGGGCCUAAGCCGUGCCCCAAGCGCGGGAUCCCCGAAGUGGACGAGCAUUUUGGGGAGGCAUGCUCCCCGCACAAGUCGAGGUGUUUGCAGGGUCUCCCAGACUCCACUUUCGUGUCCCUGGAGUGCCCAUGCCAGCGACCUUUUGGUGGGUCUUUUACCCCAGUUGGAACUGUCGCCAAGUGUGUCCCCAUCGUGGGGAGAGGAAGUGGAGCAGCGGCGUCAGGCCUUGCGGAGGUGCACUCGCACCGUCGUGCGCUACGGUCUCAGAGGCAGGAGGACGCUUCCCGGGAGCCGGCCGCUGUGGCACCUGCAGCAGUUUCAGCAGUUGGACAGCUCCAGCCGCCCUGUCACACCUUCACUCCUCAUCCACUCCAAAAUUCAGCGCAGCAUGCCGGGCCCCAGAAAUUGUUCCGACUGCUGGUGUUCUGCAAGGUGGAGCCAGGAGGAGAGCCCGCAGGUGCUAAGGAGAGCAGUACCCUGAUGGAGUCCCUUGCAGCUGUGAAGGCUGCUUUCCUGGCUCAGGCCCCGAGUGGCAGCCGGUCAGCCGAGGUGCAGGCAGCUCAGAGCACGGAGCCUGCCCCAGAGGCAGGCGCUCCCGAGGGAGAGGACCACAGAGGGGGGCCUCCCCGGGCACUGGGGUCUCUUGGCCUUUGUAAAAACGAGGAAGCCAAAGAGAGGCCCGGAGGAUCCCCUCGGCUCCCGGUCAUUUCUGAGAAAACUGGAGGACAGAGUGGCCGCCAGUCAGACGUCCCUCCGAACGCAGGCCCCGGGGCGAAGAGCGGGGGCAGCUGGAGGGGGCGGCCUUUCCCGUGCAGCGCCUGUGGCCGCAGCUUCAAGUGCUCCUCCGACGCGGCAAAGCACCGGAGCAUCCACUCGGGGGAGAAACCCUACGAGUGCAGCGACUGCGGGAAGGCCUUCAUCCACAGCUCGCACGUGGUCCGGCACCAGCGGGCGCACAGCGGGGAGAGGCCCUACGCGUGCGCCGAGUGCGGCAAGGCCUUCAGCCAGAGCUUCAACCUCCUUCGGCACCAGCGCGUGCACACGGGCGAGAAGCCCUACGCGUGCGCCGACUGCGGCAAGGCCUUCGGCCAGAGGUCGGACGCCGCCAAGCACCGCCGCACCCACACCGGGGAGAGGCUGUACGCGUGCGGCGAGUGCGGGAAGCGCUUCCUGCACAGCUCGAACGUGGUCCGGCACCGGCGGACCCACCACGGGGAGAACCCGUACGAGUGCCGGGAGUGCGGCCAGGCCUUCAGCCAGAGCUCCAACCUCCUCCAGCACCAGCGGGUGCACACGGGGGAGCGGCCCUUCGCCUGCCAGGACUGCGGCCGCGCCUUCAGCCGCAGCUCCUUCCUCCGCGAGCACCGCCGCAUCCACACCGGGGAGAAGCCCCACCAGUGCGGCCACUGCGGGCGCGCGUUCCGGGCGCUGUCGGGCUUUUUCCGGCACCAGCGGCUCCACACGGGCGAGAAGCCGUUUCGCUGCACCGACUGCGGCCGCGCCUUCCGCCUGAGCUUCCACCUCAUCCAGCACCGGCGGGUGCAUGGCGUCGAGUGAGCCAGGGCUGCGGCGGAAGAGAUGCCGGCGGUCUGGUGAGUGCAAGGCCGAGGGCGGGGGAGGCUCCUGUCCGCCCCGUGCGCGGUGAGGAAGUAACAGCCGGCUGCGCGCCCGGUUCUCGGGCUGCGAAAGCCUCGCCAGGCCUGCAUCCGCCUUGGCUGGGGAGCAGUCAGGAGAGACAGGGCUCGGGGAAGGCGAGCGCUGCCCGCGGGAGGCGAUUACCAGACCCGGG